AUGAAUGUGGACAUUUUACGACAAUUAAUACCACUAUUGAUUGCUUCCAUGAAGCCUCGAUUUAGUCCUUCGUAUAAGCAGAUAAAUGAUUGGUUAGCUGCCUUACACAAGCAUCGUAGAGUACGACUUUUAUAUGUUGAGCGAGAUGUAAUUGAUAAAGAUAACAGAAGACUGCAUAAAAAUAACAGAUUGAGCGAGGAUUAUGAUAAGACAGAGGUUCUAAACAUUCUGAAAGAUACUCGCUACCAUUCACCUGAAGACUCAGAAACGGAUAAAGAACAACCGGAUGGUAAAAGAAAAAUUAUCUUUUAUAACCUUUGUUGGCAUUCCGAUGAGGCAUACAAAACUCAAAAUACGCCCGUCGAUACAGAUUUUUCUGGUCCUGAUACUCCAGCUGAAAAUCGUGAAUCGCAGUUACAAACUGAUGAUAAUACUCAAACCGAACAUAAUGAUUGA